AUGGACGACAAGAUCACGCCCGCCGGCACGGCUGACCCCUCAGACAACGAGAAGCAGCAGAUUGAAAACGUCGAAUACACCGGGCACGACGCCGGCGCGACCAGCACCGCCGCGUACACGGGCCUCGCCGCCGUCGCCGCCGCCCACGGGCUGCAGAUCCCGCACAACAUGGACCCGGCGCGGCGCGCCGUCGUCGAGAAGAGCCUGAAGCGCAAGCUCGACGCGCGGUGCUCGCUCUUCGUGCUCAUCUACAUCAUGAACUACCUCGACCGCAACAACCUGGCGGCGGCGCGGCUCAAGGGCCUGCAGGAGGACCUGCGUCUCGACGACACGCAGUACGCCACGUGCCUCAGCAUCCUCUACGUCGGCUACAUCCUCAUGCAGGUGCCGUCCAACAUGUUCAUCAACCGCAUCCAGCGGCCCUCGCUCUACAUUGCCGGCGCCAUGCUGCUCUGGGGCAUCAUCAGCACCCUCUCCGGCAACGCCCAGGGCUUCGGCAGCAUGGUCGCCAUCCGCUUCCUGCUCGGCUUCAUCGAGGCCGCCUUCUUGCCCGGCGCCCUGCUCAUCCUCUCCAAGUGGUACACCCGCCGCGAGCUGACCAAGCGCAACGCCCUGCUCUUCUGCGGCAACCUCAUCUCCAACGCCUUCUCCGCCCUCGUUGGCGCCGGCGUCUUGUCCAACAUGAAUGGCGUCCUCGGCCACCCGGCCUGGCGCUGGCUCUUCUGGAUCGAGGGUGCCGCCACGUGUGCCAUUGCUAUUGCUGCGGCGUUUAUCCUCCCCGAUCUGCCGCACAACACCCGCGGCUUCACCGAGGAGGAGUGCUUGGUCGCCCAGCUGCGCAUUGUCGAGGAUGUCGGUGAGCUCGACACGGAUGCCAACAUGGGGCCAACGGAAGGCCUCAAGAUGGCGCUCAAGGAUGUCAAGAUCUAUGUCAUGAUGUUGACCUUUACUUCCUACGUCGUUGGCUUGUCAUUCAAUGCCUUCUUCCCCAGCUUGACCCAGACACUCGGCUUCAAUUACGUUCCUACUCUUCUCAUGAGCGCCCCCCCAUGGGUCUUUGCCUGCUUCGUCUCGUACGCUGUCGCUUGGAACUCGGACCGCACCCAAGAACGAUUCUGGCACAUUGUCUGCCCCAUGCUCGUCGGCAUCGUUGGCUUCGUCAUCUGCAUGUCCACGUCCAACGUGCCGGCCCGGUACAUUGCCCUCUUCCUGCAGACGAGCUCCUACGCCGGCUACAUUGUCUUUUACUCGUGGAUCGCCUCGUCCUUCCCGCGCCCGCCCGCCAAGCGCGCCGUCGCCAUUGCCAUCAUCAACGCCUUUGCUCAGCUCGGCAACGUCGCCGGCUCCUACGUCUGGAGCCUCAAGGAACACGGCUACCGCAAGAGCUACGCCAUUGUGCUCAGCAUGUUUGGCGUCACCAUCUUUGGCGCCUGGAUCGUCCGCCUCAUGCUCAUCAGCCUCAAUAAGCAGCUCGAGAAGAGCGAGGCCGCCGCCGACGAGGCUGAGGCUGCGUCCACCUCGGGCGGUGCCGCUGGCGCCGUCCAGAUCCUCAACAGCCCCGACGAGGCCCUCCAGAUGCGCAAGGGCUUCCGGUACCUCGUCUAA